AUCUGGGGCACAAAUAGAUCAAGCCGUAUUGUGAAGUUGUUGCCUUAUGUCGCUCCGGAAAUUUUAUCAGACAAAAACCUGGGCAUUAUUGCAAAGAUUUGCAUCAAAAUGCGGUCUGAAUUUGAUCCUGGAACUUCUGGCC